GGAAGAAAAAAAGGCUCUGAUCCGGUUUCAUUAAAUAGUAAAAUGGUAUAUACUUCCUUGUAAAAUAUUCAACACAUGAAAGAAGGAUAGCAUAUAAACAUCAUGGUCACAAUAACUAGUUUUAAAAAUAAAACGUUUCAAGAUGAAGAGAACCAGCGUGUACAUGAAACAGAUAUUAGUGGCGAAAUUUUAAUUAAAACUGAUUGGAUAGAAGAGCAUUAUGGCGACAAACAAAGGACGGAGUAUAAGAAUGUAGUAUUGGAAUUAGAAAAAGAGAUAAAAGCUCUGUUCAACAUUAAAACAUAUUUUAAGUAUGAUUUACUGUCUGUUAGAGGGACUGACCUAAGGCCCAGGGAAGGCUGUGUUUUGUUUUCAUUUGAUCUUACAUUUAGUGAUAGAUAUAUCGAUGGUAAAGAAUUACAAAAUGUCUUUCAACAAAAAGUCCUUAGCCAUACAAAUACUGAAGGAACAGCAUUGCCUUGGUUAAGGAGAGCGUUUGCGCAUUCCAUUAAAAUUGGUGAUGAAAAAUCAUUACAGGAAAAAAAAGGAUUGCAGAAAAUACAAAAUCUAGGCAUAUUUCUUUUAAUUAUAAUUCUAAUAGCUAUAUGUAUUGCUCUUGUUGUGGAGAUAUCAAAAGUUGACCAUAAUCUGCCGAAUGAACAAAAGACAGAAUUUACUCCAAGUUCAAAACCAACAUCAAAUAGAUUAACGACAGAACGCGAAACAACUUUAGCAUAUACCACACUUAAUAAACAAGGAACAGAAACGAGAAAAAUCACUUUUGGUGAAGUUACAACGAUAGCAGGAAGUCAAAAUUCAACAACAAAGACGGAAAUUGAAACUACAAAAAUAACAAUGACAGAAAGUGAUACAACAGGAUCAGUGAUUGAGCAAGAAACUACUACAACUAAAGACGAGAUAACAAUGAUGGCGAAAGGUAAUUCGACAACAACAAUGAUGGAAGAGGAAACGGUAACAAUAACGGCGGAAAGUAAAAAGACAACAACAGCAGUGGAAUCAAAAACGUCAACAAUGCUGAACGAAGGAACGACAGCAACAACAAAGGCUGCUGAGGGAACGACAGCAACAAUAAUGGCUAACGGAACGAUAACAACAAUAAUGGCUAACGGAACGAUAACAACAAAGAUGGUUGAAGAAUCGACAAAAAGCAUGAUGAAUAAUGAAACAACAAUGGCAAAUAAUGGAACGACAACAUUAUUGAUGACUGAGGGAACGACAACAACAAUGAUGGAUAACAAAACGACAACAACAAUGAUGGAUAGAAGAAUGACAACAUCAAUGACGGAUAGAAUAACGACAACAUCAAUGACGGAUAGAAGAACGACAACAACCAUGACAGAUAUCGGAACCACAACAAUGAUCGAUAAAGGAAUGAAAUCAACCAUGAUGAAUAAUGAAACGACAACAGCAAUGAUUGAUAACGACACGACAGCAACAAUGAUGGAUAAGGGAACGGCAACAAACAUGAUGACAGAAGGAACUUCAGCGACAAUGAUGGAAAAGGGCACUACAACAACAAUGAUGAAUGGGGAAAUGUCGACAUCAAUGGUGGCUGCGGGAACUUCAACAUCAAUGAUAGAUACGGAGACGACAACAAAAAUGAUGACAGAGGAAACUACAACAUCAAUGACUGCUGAGGACACUUCUACAAUGAUUGCUGAGGAAACUACAACAUCAAUGACUGCUGAGGAAACUUCUACAAUGGUUGCUGAGAUAACGACAACAACAAUGAUGAAUGAAGAAAUGACAACAACAAUGACGGAUAAUGGAACUAAAACAACAAUGAUAGCUGAUAGGACUACAACAACAAUGACGAAUGACGGAACGACAACAGUGAUGAAUUAUGGAACGACAACAGGGAUGAAUGACGGAAGGACAACAAUGAUGAAUGACGGAACGACAACAAGGACGAAUGAUGGAACGACAACAAGGAUGAAUGACGGAAGGACAACAAAGAAGAAUGAGGGAACGACAACAAAGAUGAAUGAGGGAACGACAACAAGGAUGAAUGAGGGAACGACAACAAAGAUGAAUGAGGGAAAGACAACAAAGAAGAAUGAGGGAACGACAACAAAGAAGAAUGAGGGAACGACAACAAGGAUGAAUGACGGAACGACAACAAUGAAGAAUGAGGGAACGACAACAAUGAUGAAUGAGGAAACAACAAAAACGACUAUUGAUCCAGGAACGACAUCAUCAUCUACAUAUAAAGAUACAACCACGACUGAACGUGAAAUGACAACAACGAUGUUGUAACCGGAGACUACAACCAAUAUAACAGAUCUGUAAAGACAGGAAGUGGAAUCAAUCGCAAAGGAACGAUUAGCACUAAUUUAAAUGGGCGUAUUUGAGAGUUUCGGUGCCUGUAAAUGAAGGAGACAAUGCGUUUAACAAUAUUGUCAAAGGAAUAGUAAAACAUAGUUAUAAUAUAUUAUGUUAAAACAUUAAAACAAUGUAUAUUUUUCAUAUUAUUCAUAUUUAAAGUCAAGUAAUGUCAAAUGGGCUAUGUCACAGAAUUCAAGAAAAUUUUGCAUACAACUCUGGCUCGAAAACAAAUAAUGUAUUUAUCACAUUUAUCAAUUGAGAUAUUACUGAUUGAAUUCUUACAAAAUGGAUAAACAUUUGUAAAGAAAGCACAUCAAAUCAGCAAAACAAAUUCUAAAAUUUGUCUUUAAAUCAUCAUUCUAAUUAUAUUCCAUGUAUUUAAAAAAAAAAAAAAAAAAUUAUGAUGUUGAUACAUAGAUUUCCGUUUUAAUAAUUAAAAAAAAGAUAGGGUCACUGACUUCGUGUUUAUGGUAUACAUCAUUCAAAGUUGUGCUCCUUGUGAAAAAAAUUAUUAAACGUCGAGGUAAUCGUAAAGUGACCGCGUUACAGGCCGUAAAACGUUGAUAUUUUACGUUUUUCACUACCAACAAGGUAAUAACUUGAUUAAUAGACAAAAAAAGAAGUCCAUAACCAUAUGAUUAUUUAAUGUUAUUAAAACAGAAAGGAGUAGGUCCGGUACGGGCUGGUUUUGGGCUCAAAUUUCAAGUUCAUCUGACGAAAGAUUUUGGACACUUACAUGUCUAUUUCAAUUGAUUCAAUUAUUUUUUGUGAAAUAUUUAAACUGAUUCAUUCAUUAAAAACGCUCCGAUUCAAUCUUAAAUUUGAAAAAUCUAUCAAAUAUGCCAAAAACUGUCACUUUUCAUAUAGUUUUUGUCAAAAAUGAAAGUGACUGCAUCCGUGUUCAUCCUCGACCUUUAUAUAUGUUAUGUAUUAUCAAUAAACACAACUUACAUUUCAAUAUCAAGAAUGGACACGAAUGCGGCCACUUUCAUUUAAAACAGAAACCGUCCAAACUUUAACUAAAAUGCUGAAAUUGUGAAGAUUUCAGUAAUUAAGCAUAACUUAAUGAUGCAAGUACGCGAUAUAUGUGCAUUGUAAUGCCACAAUAAGCCAAUAUGUAUGUAGCAGAGGCAUUAUAAUUAUAUUUGGUAAUGUUUGUGUCAUUUUGGUCUUUUGUGGAUAGUUGUCUCAUUGGCAAUCAAACCACAUCUUCUUUUUCAUAUUAUACCUUCCAAAAAAUUUAAACAAUUUUGUAAAACUGCUAUAUUUGGGGCCAAAUAGGGGUCUUACCGAACCUACUCCUUUACUUGUGAACAAUAUAUAGUUUUUAAGAAAAUUCUAUAGAGUAGAAUUAGAGAUUUGAUGAUUUUAAGACAUUUUAUAGUGUAUGUGCUUUUUAUACAAAUGUUCAUCCAUAUUUAAAGAAAUCAAUCUGUAACAUAUCAGGUUAUAAAAGAGACAAAUGCAUUAUUUUUUUUUAAAUUUUUAGUUGUAGUUCAUUGAUCUACGGUUUUAUGCUAAAUUUUAACAAAAUCUGCGACAAAGCCCAUUUACUGUUCCUUGUCAUUUUUUUUAUAAUUUUGUACAGUUUCAAAUAUGACGUCACUUGGCGUUGAGGUUUAAACUUAUUCGGAUGUGCCUACUUUUUGUGUUGCAAAUGUCUGGUUAUGUUAUGUAUUUCAGUUGUUACCUGUAAUUAGUUAAUACUUCAGUUUUAUCAUGUACAUCUUUUGUAUAGUCAUUUUAUAAAAUUUACUGUUUGCAAAGGUAUAAAUUAUUCUAAAUAAUAGGGAUGUUCUGGUAACUAACAGAAAACCC